AGUUCAGUGUAAAUACCUGAGAAUUGAAGCCACACACCGCCACCUUUCAAUUUCUCAGCUUCAUCUCUAAUACGUGUAACUUAACAUACACCUACCAUUUAUAUACUUCUGAUUCCUCUCGCCCAAUCCAUUCUCUAGUCCAUAUCAAAACUAGACAAGAUGAGCCAGGAACAACCACAAAAGCCUCAACCCGACAGGGAUCCGAUCAGAUACGGCGACGUUUUUAACGUCCAUGGAACUCUUGCUACAACAGUUAUUGCACCAGAAGACGCAAAGACCAUGCAGUCAGCUGAAGACUCUGUUCUCGGUGAGACCAGGAAGGGUGGACCCGCCUCUGCAAUGCAAUCAGCCGCAAGUAUUAACCUGAGGGAAGGCUUUGUUGAUGCUGAUCAAGCCACUCAAGUUUCCGUUCACCCUGGAACCGGAGUCACUGAAAAAACUAUCGGCGGUGACCGUAUUAUAACCGAGAGAAUAGCAGGACAGAUGGUGGCUCAGUAUGUUGAACCAAAGACUGAGACCACAACUCCAGGAGGAGUUCUUGAUCCUUUUUCGGUUACAAUCGGUGAGGCUUUAGAGGCAACGGCUCUUUCUACCGGCAAAAAACCAGUUGACCAGAGUGAUGCAGCUGCUAUACAAGCUGCGGAGGUUAGAGCUACCGGUAUUAACGAGGUGUUGCCCGGCGGAGUAGGCGCUGAAGCGCAGUCUGCAGCUGACCGUAACUUGAAGGCUCCUAGAGUUCAGGAUAAGACUAAAAUUUCUGAUGUUGUAGCGGAUGCUACGUUGAAAUUGCCAGCUGAUAAACCGGUGACACGAGAAGAUGCUCGUGGGGUGAUUGAAGCGGAGGUUAGGAACAAGCCAGAUAUGCAUGCAACUCCCGGAGGAGUGGCCGCCUCGAUGGCGGCAGCCGCGAGGGCUAAUCGAGAAUGAUGACAGUUUAUAAAUGUGUGUAUAUAUUAUAUAGUUGAGAGGUUGAUAAUAAUAUAUAAAUAAAGUGUGUUCAGAAAUGUAAUCUCGAACCAUAGUCUCUUUUAUGUUCAAUAUGAAAUGUAUGUAG